AUGCAGAACAGCCACCUGUUCGGCGCGUACAACGUCUACGCGCAGCAGCAGCAGCCGUCGCACUCGGGCGCACAGCAGCAGCAGGGGCUCGCCGCGGCGUUUGGACAGCCGCCGCAGUACGGCCAGCCCCAGCAGCAGCCCGGCGGACAACAGCAGCAGGACAUCUCGCUCGGACACCUCCAGCAGCACGCGCCCCAGCAGCAGCAGCAGCAGCAGCAGCAGGGAGCCAUCGCGGGUCCCUCUGGCGUCGGCUUGCACGAACACCCGGACGCGGACGACGACGACGACGAGGGAGACUCGGGACUGCAUGCCACGCCCAGCGGGACAACCAAGAAGAAGGCUGCCGGAGGACGACCUCGCGACAAAGUGUGGGAGCUGUUUGACGGCGACCGCGAUGUCGCUCGCUGCCAGUGGUGCUCGUGGAAGACGGACCACCCAAAGGCGUUCCGCAUGCGCGCGCACGUCCAGCAGUGCGAGCUGAUCCCGCAGGAGAAGAAGGACGAGCUCGAGCGCUUCCAGCACGACAAGGAGGAGCGCCUCCAGGCCAAGAAGGAGCGUGCCGAAGCGCGCGCUGCUCAGAUGGCUGCCGCUGGUCCGUCGCAGCCGAAGAAGGUCAAGCGCGACAACGCUGGCGAGAUUGUCGUUGGCACGGGCACGCCCAAGUGA